CUCGCGCCAGUUCGAAAGCGAUCCUCGAAGCGAGCGGGGCGCGCGUCCGCCGCCACCGACCAGCGCACUUGGCAGCUAGCCGAUUUUCCCUUCUCUUUUUCCCUUCGCCCCGCGAGACUCUCCCGUUACAACACGAUAUCACCUCGUGAUUCGAUACCCCACGUCGAACAAAGUGUAGAACGCGUCCGCGAGUGUGCUCCAGACGAAGCUCCCCGCAGGUUCGCCCCAACACGCAGAGCCGCGACCCCCGUUAAAAGAGGAUAUAUACCCGGCGAGUGCGCGCAUGCGCAGAACGCGGGGCAGUACGGCGGAACCCGGCGCAGCUACAAGGGAGAGAAUCAAUAGCAGCAGCAGCAGUGCGUGCGAGGGUGUGCGAUGGCAGCCAGCGAGCUGCUCGAUUGCUAGCGGCGGGAGUUAUUAUUGCACAGUGUGUCGCACACAGCACGGCGGCGAGUAUUCUGCAGAGCCAGCGGACUCAGCCAUGGAUAUAGUGUAGAGAAGCAGCCCCUGCCCGCGCCUCCGCAACCGUGUUCUGCCUCCCCUUUAGUCCAUGUAUCGUAGCAAGUAGAGAGAGAGAGAGAGAGAAGAGAGUUGCCUAUUCGCGCGCAAGAGAGCUAUACCUAUAUAUAUAAGACAGUAUGAAGAUGGAGUCGAUGCAGCAGUGCCAACCCGGCCUCCUCAUCCCCGGCAAGAGCGUCGACAUCACCACCUACCACUCCACCUUCUACUCGCCCCCGCCUACCGAAGCGUCGAGAUCCGGAUACGACUCGAGCAGCGGCGACGAGUCCGAGGUCGAGUACAACUUGUCCGCUUGCAACCAGACGGCUUCGCAGCCGGCUAACCCCAACACAACGGCCGGCAAUUCCGGCCAGGGGAAACAGAUCAAUAAGGGUCGAUGGACCAAGGAGGAGGACGCGCUUCUGAAGCAGCUGGUGAGCAACGCCGAGCAACUCGGCAACGGCCUGCGAUGGGACGGCAUCGCGGCUCACUUCCGCGACCGGAGCGACGUCCAGUGUCAACAGAGAUGGGCAAAGGUCGUCAACCCCGAACUCGUCAAGGGACCCUGGACGAAGGAGGAGGAUGAGAAGGUGGUGGAGCUGGUGCAGCGGUAUGGCCCGAAAAAGUGGACGCUGAUAGCGCGGCAUCUGAAGGGCCGGAUAGGCAAGCAGUGCCGCGAGCGUUGGCACAACCAUCUGAAUCCCGGUAUCAAGAAGACCGCCUGGACGGAGGACGAGGACCGGAUAAUCGUCGACGCUCACAGGCGCGUCGGCAAUCAGUGGGCGAAGAUCGCGAAACUGCUCCCUGGAAGGACGGACAAUGCGAUCAAGAACCACUGGAACAGUACCAUGAGGAGGAAGUACGAGGCCGACGAGGGUAGGACCACCAGCUCACGAGGACGAGGGAGGAGAAAAACCGGAGAAGCAGUUACGUCGACGAGCAAAGACGACCGUUCGAGGAAGCAGCACCAACAGCGUCAGCAGCAAGCUGUUCAAGCGCAGGUCGCGGUGUCGGCGCUGAGCGGUGAGAGCAGUUCGACGGUGACGAGCACGACGAUGGCUGGAACGAGCCAGGCCUGCGAGUUGGACCAGCUCGACUGGACGCGUGCUUGGGAACAGCAACAGCAGCACGAGAGGCAGAUGACCGAACGCCGUAACGAGCACCAACAGCAGCAGCACUAUCACGAGGCGGCUAUGCAGCUUGACGAGCGCCAGGUCGUUGUUGAAAACAACCUUGAAUCUCCGCCAAGGCGAAACCGCAUCGAUCCUGUAUCGCCUUUCUCCAAUUCGUUGCACAGGUUCUUUGGUCUGGAGAUGUCGGGCGAGCCACAGUCGAGGUCAUCGGAGAUCCAUCUUAUGCCAAUGCCGGACCUCGAGGAAGACUCGGAGCUGCACGAGAGGGAGAAAACCAGUCCGCCGCCAAUUCUGCGCAGGCGAAGGACCAACCUCCUCCAGGUCGAGCAGCACCAGCAGCAUCAACGCACCGACACCCCCGACAGCGGCAACCAGUCAGACUUCCUGCUGCACUCGUACAACCAGCAGUCGUCCUCGUCGCAAAUCGGCACUGCGCCCUCCACGCCGAUCAAGCAGCUGCCCUUCAGUCCUUCUCAAUUUCUCAACAGCCUCAGCCCCGAGCCAUCAUGGCCUAGGGCGAGCACACCCAAGGGUAGUCCUGGCCCGCUCACGACGCCGCAGCCUUCCGCUCUUCGACGAGAUGGAACGACGCCGCGCACGCCCACGCCGUUCAAAAACGCACUGGCCGAAUUGGAGCGGCGAAGCGGUGCUACGACCCAGCUGCCGGCGACGCCGAGCAGGCUAGACGCCCUCACGGAGAUUAUCAAGCAGGAAACGGAUCGCGAGAGUCUGGCAGGCACCAGCAGCGGUAGCAUACUGCAGGACUCGGGUUACGGCACUGGACGGCGUCGCGGCAAAGAGAACAGUGCGCCUGGCGGAAAAAGGGCGCGCAAAGCCCUCUGCCAAGCCUGGUCCAGCUCGCACGACAGUUCCGAGAUGAGCUUCGCCGUGGAGACACCGAGUAAAAGUCUGGAUACGUCUGUAUUGUUCUCGCCGGCGUCGAUGGCCUUGGACGACAGUUUUUUAGCAACCGGGCCAAGUCCCGUAAAGACUUCCCACGACUUUGCGCCCGUACAGCGGAAGCCCAACGCCAAGAGAGCUAUCUCGUUCGACACGUUCGACAGCCCGAACGACUACAUUCAGGCGCCGUCCAAACGUACCAAGAUGCAAUUGGAAGUGCAAUGGACGGCGGUGGCUUGCGGUCGAACCCGAGACCAGGUCGAGAUGACUCAGGCAGCCCGGCAGUUUCUCAGCAUCCACGGAUACACGCCGCUGCGUCCUCGGUCCCUCAACUUCUGACCUGACUCACCUGCUCCAAGCGCGGACUGAUCCGACAGCAGUAGCAGCAUCAGCGACAGUAGCACCUGAGCACCAGUGGAAGUAACUCAAGAUCGUCGUCCCAGAAGAGACGACCCGACUGAUAUUUAUGGACUAAUAAACAUACACACGCGAGAUUGCUCGUGUGAUUUUGUCAGUGCAAAAAAGCAAGUUUUUUCGAAGAAUAUUUUUACAUGCGCGAUAGACGUAGAUGGCGUGUAUUAAUAAUAGUAGUAAAAAGCAAAAAGUGGCUCCGCUUGCGUAUUUUACGGAAAUGCAAUGACCGAACGGGGUGUGCCCCGACGCCAACAUUGUAAAACGAGCGUUACCCAGCAGUCUCUGGAAGCAUUUCGCAACUUGCGCCUGCGAGACUAUGCUCUCUGUUAGUUUUUUCUACGAGUCUUUUUUUGUAAAGUUUCACCGAGACCCUACCAGACUUGAUUCUCUCCCCCUAGUCCCCCCUUCUCCUUACACUUUUUCCCUUAGUGGAUAACUUUUAAUCUCCAUGGGGAAGAAAAAAUCCAUUAUCUAUGUAGAUUAUAAAUAUGUGCGCACUACGUGUGUCGUUUUUCUCAUUUUCUUUAGCGAAGAAGAUAGAUAAAAAAAAUUAUAGCCGGUUUAUUUGAUAGAAUAUUAUAUUAUAAUAUAAAACAUUAUUGCGGCCGUUAUGUACAAAGAGCCUUUGUAUUGGUAAUUUAAUUUACAACCAAACAAUAAAGUGGCGUUGAACACGCAAAACAUA